AAAAAAAUAAAUAAAAAAUCAUAAAAAAUAAUAAUAAUAGAUAUAAAGUGUGUAUUAAAUAAGCGCCCAGCUGCGCCCAACAAGUACGUGUGUGUAUAUAAUGUAGACUACACACAUAAAUAUUAUUAAUUCAUUUUUUAUUUAUUUAUUUUUAUUUUUUUUUAUAUAAUUUAACAUUUAUUUAAUAACAGUUUAUAAUAUUUUUUACAAAUAAAAAUAAAACUCGUCGUUCUUAACCUAUAAAAGGUCAUUUUUAUCAAUACUAUUAUUAUUAUUUUGUUGUGUGUUGAUUAAAAAAUUUUGAUAAGAAUUUACAGUGACGCUGAUAUUUUUUAUCAUUUUAAAAAUAAAAAAUAGUGUGUGUAUUAGUGUGAAUAGAAAAAUAAUUAAUUUAAUUGUUUAUAUGUAAUUUUUACAAUUGUUAAAUCAAUAGUUUUUUAUUUUUUAAUUGAGUACAAACUAUUUAACCUUGGUUUUACGUUGAAACGUCAAAUUAUUUUUUUAUUUUGGAGUAAAUUGAUUUUAAUUAAAAAAAAAUAUUGUCUGAAGAAUGAGAAGAAGACACAACAAGUUGAAUUAUUAAUAUGGUGAUGGCUGAAAGUGAACGAGGACUAGAAAUAAACACAACAACAACAACACCAACAACACCAUCAACAACAACAACAACAGCAAGACUUCAAUGGCUACGUCAACGUCAAGAAGCAUUACAAGAAAAACUAAUACUUAAAAAUAAAGAACUAAAAUGCUUAUGUAUUGAUGAAGCAUAUUUAACUGGUGUGGUACCACCAGAAAUACCACUUGAACCAGGUGAAAGUCCACCAAUAUUACGUAAACGUAUUAGUACAUCAUCAAUUGUAACCACAUGUCCAACAAGUGUCAUAACAACAACAACAACAACUAAGCCUAAAACAAGUCAAGUUGAGGAAUCAGCAUUAGAGCUAGAACGACAAGUACAAAGUGAAAUUGCUAAAACAUCAUUAGCCAUUGUGAAUGAUGGUAAUGAGAGUAAAACUGUUAGAAGGAAACAUCGACAGCUUUAUCAACAAAGCCAAAGACGUUUAAAAGAAUUAGAUACACGUUUAAAUUUUAUACGUCAAGGAUAUGGACAAUUAUCCAAAAGAACCAUACCAAAUCAAUCAUCAGAUAAUUGGCAAUUAUUAUCAUCAACAGCAUCAACAACAUCAACAACGACUUCAACGACAACAACGACAAAUGAUGAUGUUAAUAAAAUUGCAACAAAACAUAGAAUUAAGAAACCACGUCCACCAUUUGAAGCAUCAUUUGAUAAAGAACCAAGUAGCAGUGGAGGUAGUACAACAAGUAGUUCAAAAAUAAUCGAAAGAAAUACAAUACAUAAUGAUAAUGAUUUUACAAAUACACAUGAUUAUUAUCGUUCUAAAAUUCGUUAUAUUAAAAAUUAUGAUAAUCAUACACAAAUUGAUCACAAUGCUGAUCCAACAAUAUAUCCAGAUCAUUAUAGAGCUAGAACAUAUUCACAUGGUAAUAAUAUUGAAGAUUCAAGUAUUAGAAAUUUACGUAAUUUACAAUUUGAAGAUAAACCAUAUAAAAAUUCACCAAGUAUGUUUAAUUUAGAUUGUGAAUCACGUAAUAAUAAUAGCAAUGAUUUACACCACUGGCAAAAUAAAAAAUAUUUAGAAACAACUGGUUCAGGAUAUUUACAUCAACAUUCAUCACAUCGUCAUCCACCAUCACAUCAACAACAACAACAACAACAGCAGCAACAGCAACAACAACAACGUUUUUAUUAUCAAGAUAGAUUAUCAUCUUUACAAAAAUCAACUGGUCAAUCAGUUUAUCAUCAUGGUGAUUUAUUAGAACACAAUAUAGCACCUAAAAAUUCAAUUUUAUCAUAUUCAUAUAACAACAACAACAAUAAUCAGUCUGUGAUAAAACAUCAAGAUCAAUAUUAUCCUGAAUCAGUCAAGGAUAAUAAUAAUCAUUAUAAAGAAAAUACAAAUGACAUGUUAAUGUCACAACAAGAAAGAAUUCCACGUAGAAAUACAGUCAAUGAUGGACUGACAAUGACAAUGCCACGUCAAAAAAUAUUAAAUUUAAAUGAUAAUUGGCCUUGUGUUGUUGAUGAUGCUCAUUGUUAUCAAGACAAUAUUUAUCAACAAGAUAAAUUUGGUAGUUUAGAUAGACGAAAAAAUAUAUUUCCACAUCAUUCAAUGAGAGAAACAACAUCACCACAUAAUAGAUAUGGUGUUAAUUUAUCACCAGUUGAACAUCAACAACAAGCACCACCAUUACCACCACCUCCAUCACUUCCACCAUCACCACCACCACAUACAAGAGUUCUACUAAGAACACAAUCAUUGGGAAGUGUGGAAAAAUGGCAAUCAGCACAAAUAAAUAAUAAUCAUCAACAUCAUCAUCAACAAAUUGAAUCACCAACUGGAUCAAUUCGUGAUUCAUAUGUAUCACGUGGUGGUGGUACAAUAAGAGACAAAGAAUGGUAUGAUAAUACAAUUGAUUGUGGUUAUAGAAUACCUCCAACAACAAUACCAAGAUCAACAAAUUUACGUUAUCCAAGAUCAUCACCUUCACCGUCAUCUGUAUCAACAUCACCAAAACCACAAACACCACCACCACCACCACUUCCUCCUCCUCCACCUCCACCACCAUUACCACCACAAUCAUCAUUGUCAUCAUCAUCAUCAACAAUAUCAAUAGCAACAACACCAAAAAUUGUUGAAAAAGAUCUUGAAAUACCAGCUGAAUCAAGUAAUCAUGCUGGUAAAUAUCAACCAUAUCGAGAAGUUACAAAGCCAUUUGAAAUGUCAGAUUUUUAUAAAUAUUCAACUAAGUAUAGAAAAAAACAAGAACAAACUAGAACAACAACAUCAAAUGAUAAUAAUCCAAUAAAUUUUAAUAGCAAUAUUGAUGAUUCAAAUUAUAUUCAAAGUGUUCAACAACGACCUCCAAUUUCUGGUGGUUAUAUUCCACCAUCACAGAGAAGAGUUUAUGAUCGUUCAACUUAUCCAUCGAGCUAGAUGACACAGAUGAUUGCCAUAUUCAAUGAAGCACAUAAAUUAUAAUAAUGCAAUAUACAUUUAAAUGAUUUAUUAAUAACAAUGUAAAUUAAUAUUUUUAUAGAUAUAUAUAUAUUUUGAAAUAAUUAUCUAUCUCGUUUUAAUUGUAAAAAAAAAAGAUGAAAAUUUUUACCAAAUUAUCAACAUAUUGAUUAUUAUAUUUUUAUUUUAAAUAAAAUAUAUAUACUUAUAUUGAUUAAAUAAAUAAUACACACAUUUUUUUAAAUU